AUGUCCAACCAAUCUAUCGGUAGUUUUAAAACCGACAGGUUCAAGAGAUGCAUAAGAUAUAAAUAUAAAAAUCCGGUGCAGAGAGGCCAAGUGGAGCUUGCCCCACCGACCAUGAUACUGGCGCUCUUGUGCUGCCUCCUCGUCCUGCUCCUCUACGGUUACCAAAGCUGCGCGAAACCGAGAAACUUUCCACCAGGCCCGCGAUGGUACCCCCUUGUGGGUUGUCUCCCGCUGUUCGAGAGACUGAGGAGGGAGUCGGGCUACGUGCACCUGAGCUUCCUCGCGCUGUCUGCGAGGCACGGCCCGGUCCUCGGGCUGAAGCUCGGCAAGCAAAAGUUCGUGGUCGUCCACACGGCCGAGCUCGUGAAAAGGGCCCUCCUCAGGGACGAGUUCAACGGCCGGCCCAACGGCUUCUUCUUCAAGACUCGGGCCUUUGGCAAGGACCUAGGUAUUCUCUUCACGGAGGGCCCCCAGUGGGCCCAGCACCGUAGGUUCACGAUGCGCCACCUGAGGGGCUUCGGGUACGGCACGAGGGCCAUGGCCGAGCUGCUCCGCGCCGAGGUGGACGAGUUCAUCGGUCACUUGGUCGGGUGGAGCGCGAGAGGGCCGGUGCCGAUGCACGGGGUGUUCGACGUGCCGACCUUGAACACCUUGUGGGCCAUGUUCGCGGGGCAUAGGUUUGACUACGAGGACGCGAAACUACGGAGGAUCCUCGAAGUGGUGCACGAGGUGUUUCGGCUGAACGACACCCUGGGGGGCAAAUUGUCGGAGAUGCCGUGGCUGAGGUGGCUGGCGCCGGGGCUGUCGGGCUACAGGGACCUCGUGGCCCAGUUGAGGCUCAUGUGGGGCUUUUUGGACGAGGAGAUAGCAGAGCACGAGCGGAGCCUGCCGGCUUGUGGCCAGCCGCGGGAUCUCAUCGACGCGUUUCUGAUGGAAAUCGAGAAGCGCGCGGGUCCGGCGCCAACCGGGGCACACAUAUUCGAUCGGGAGAAUUUGCUGAUACUGUGCUUCGAUCUCUUCCUCGCUGGCUCGAAGACGACGACCGAUUCUCUGGCUACGAUCUUUUGCUUCCUCGGGGCUAACCUCGAGUGGCUGGAGUACUGCAGGGCCGAGCUCGACGUGGUCGUCGGACGGGACAGGGUGCCCGCGGUGGCUGACAUGCCGGCUUUGCCGAGAAACCAAGCUUUCGUUGCCGAAGUGCAGAGAAGGGUCACGAUGAGCCCACUGGGGAUAACGCACAAGGCGACCAAGGAUACGAUGUUCGAGGGGCACUUUAUCCCGAAGGACACGAACAUCGUAUUGAACUUGUACUCCUACAACAUGGACCCGGUUAUCUGGAAAAACCCCAAAAAGUUCGACCCAGGGAGGUUUUUGAACGAAAAGGGAGAAUUCUUGCACUCCAACCCGGCCAUUCCGUACGGACUCGGAAAACGACGAUGUAUCGGGGAAGGAAUGGCCCGGCAGUCGCUCUUUUUGUUCUUUGUCAGUGUGAUCCACCACUUUGACUUGGACGUUUCCGAGGAACACGGCGUACCCAACCAGAACGGCGAGGAUGGCUUCGUCGUCGCCCCCAAACCUUUUUAUCUAAAGCUCACGCCGCGGACCAGAUGAUGCGUCGCAAUUUUCAUGAACAUACAUCGCUUUUUUCGUUGUAAAAUGUAAUAAUCGAGCUUUGAAACGCUUGCACGCCCUUUUAUACAAACCCUAAAUUUACCAAAAAAAUUAAUAAUCAUCAAGUACGCAAGUAAA